AUGGAGGCCGAGGCCGAGGCGGAGUCGAGCGAGCGCGCGCCCCCGACCACGACGGGCGGCGAGGCCCGGCUGACGGUGCCGCGGCCCGUCCUCCACACCGGGCGCCGCUCGAGGCCGAGCGCAAAGUCGAGCGAGCAGCUACAGCUCGAGGCGGCGGCGGCUGGGGGAGGGGCCUUCAAGGCGCGCCCAGUCAACCGGCGGGCGCGCCCGGCGCCGAAGCGCGUCCUCGAGUCGGCCGGCGACCUCGGCGUGCCGCGCGUGCCCCGCGCGGCGCUGACGGCGAUCGCCGAGUUUCGGCUCUCGAGGGGCGACGCCGCGGCAGCACCGCGCGGGCCUCACCUCCUCCGGCCUCGGAGGGAGGAGCACUUCGCGCCCUUCAAGGCGCAGCCGAUGCCCAUCUUCUCGCCGGCGGCCGCCGAGCCGCCCCUCGUGCGCAGCGCGACCAAGCCGGCACCCUUCUCGCUCGAGAGCGAGGCGCGCUCGGCGCGCAUGCCCGUGGGCGAUGGCUGGGCGCCGCAGCCUUCGCAGGCGGUGACGACGCCGCGGCCCUUUCAGCUCGGCUCGGUGGAGCGGGCGGCGGAGUACGCCAGGCGCGAGGAGGAGGAGCGGCGAGCGAGGGACUUCCGCGCCCGGCCGCGUCCAAAGUCGCUCGGCGCGCCCAGCUUCACGCCCUUCGGCUGUCGCUCCGACUCGAGGGCGUCGGAGCGCAAGGCGUGGGAGACGGAGGCGACCAAGCGCGCCCUCGCCGACUCCGCGGCGCGCGCGCGCGCACAGCACGAGCAGCAGGAGCAGGCCGCUGCCGAGGCGGCCGAGGCGCGCGCCAAGACGUCCUUCAAGGCGCGCCCCGCCUCGGUGCUCCGCGCCAAGCCCUUCCAGGUGCAGCGCGCCUCGCACGAGCCGACAAAGCCCGUAUCGCCAGCCUUCGCCUCGAAACGCCGCUUCGGCAAGAGCCUUGGCAGCGCGCCAGAGCGAGCCAACACUAGCGGCGCGUCGCGCUAG